CCUUAGCUUGGCUCUUAGAGUUAGCAAGUACACCCAGAGAUCAUCUCCAAGGAGGUCCCUUUGCUGUUCCUUGUGGUUUCCCUGUCGAUCUGGAUUCUAACUCAAGCACCCGCAGUGCUUGCGUUAAAAAGCUGCGCCAAUGUUCCAGCUGCCUAUUCUGAACUUCAGCCCCCAGCAGGUUGCUGGGGUGUGUGAGACCCUGGAGGAGAGUGGGGACAUUGAGCGCUUGGGUCGCUUCCUCUGGUCCUUGCCAGUGGCCCCUGCAGCCUGUGAGGCCCUGAAUAAAAAUGAGUCUGUGCUCCGUGCCAGGGCCAUUGUGGCAUUCCACACCGGCAAUUUCAGAGAACUCUACCACAUUUUGGAGAACCACAAAUUCACCAAGGAAUCCCACACCAAGCUGCAGGCUCUGUGGCUGGAAGCUCACUACCAGGAGGCGGAGAAGCUGAGGGGUAGACCCUUAGGACCAGUAGACAAGUACAGAGUUAGGAAGAAGUUCCCACUUCCCAGAACUAUUUGGGAUGGGGAGCAGAAGACACACUGCUUUAAAGAACGAACACGGCACUUGCUUAGGGAAUGGUAUCUACAGGACCCUUACCCAAACCCCAGCAAAAAGAGAGAACUUGCCCAGGCAACUGGACUUACCCCAACACAAGUAGGGAACUGGUUCAAAAACCGAAGGCAAAGAGAUCGAGCAGCAGCAGCCAAGAACAGGCUGCAGCAGCAGGUCUUGUCCCAGGGAUCUGGACGCUCAUUGGGCCCAGACGAACGAGGGGAACAGUUGGGCUCAGCCUCCAGUCCUGCAGCUAGCUUGUCCAGCAAAGCAGCCACCUCUGCCAUUUCCAUCACAUCCAGCGACAGUGAAUGUGACAUCUGACCUAUGGGGCAUACUUAUCGCAGCAAAAACCAGGAGAUCAAGCUCAGAACAGUGCCUGACUAAGCAUAGCAGCCUUGGCCACAGGGUCACACAGGGGCUGUCACAGUAUCGGGGGGUGCUGAUCAUAACCUCACACUCUCCUCAUAUUAUUAAUUGCUUACAGCUCACUGUAGAAGACUGUAAGGCCUAUCACCUUUACUUUGGGGACCUUCGAUAAAGCCUCAAAUGCCAAGUGUGUGAGCGGCUGCCCUCUGCAUUCUGUGGGUAUUUCAUGAUGAAAAAAGACGCUGUUAUUUUUUUUUUUUCGCUUUACUUUCAAGUUUGUUUUUAUAUAUAUAUAAUAUGAUGACUUAUUUAAGGGAUUGCCAAUAUUAGACCUCCUUUGCUUGUCUUUAUGUGCGCAGGUGAUUUGUGGACGCAUGUGCGCCAAAUCUAUGGAUCCACUGAAGAAGCUAAAAUAAAAUAUGUGGUGAGCAUCUUU